AGGAGGAAGCGCUGCGUCUUCCUCAGCUCCUGUUCCGGGUGGAGUUUAGUGACGUAAUUCCGUUAGACGCCCGUCCACAGUCCCUCCCUGUUUGUGCAGCUGUGUCCGGGGCAGGAACCCUCAGCUGACACAAGGAACGGGAGGAGGCGUCUGGGGAGACUGUGCCAGGAGGCAACAAGAGGCGCUUCCAGUGUUUGGAAGCCCGGUAGCGAAUGAGUGGAGUGCUGGCUGCAAAUGUGUAGUGUGCUUCAUUCUUUCUGGGAUACAAUCUUCUUAACGUCUCCGAGGAAUACCAACCUCUGAAUGUCUCUUGAUGGGAAGUAUUAUAUUGCCUAGCAGCCGCUUCAUUGGUCAGCGUGUUCACCAUUUUUUGCCAUAACUUGUGCUGUCUCUUUGAAGCCACAGUGACGUAAAAGAACACAGCAUGAUUUUACAAUGUUGCUAGCUUGCUAAAAUACUGGGAUAUUAUUAAAGGGCUGGCCUGGAAAGUUUGCUAUAAGUUGCCAUGGAACAGGCUGUAAUGGAUAUCCCUGUGACUUUGGUGAUUAAAGCUCCCAACCAGAAGUAUGAUGACCAGACUAUUAACUGCUUCCUAGACUGGACAGUGGAAAAACUAAAAACUCAUCUCUCUAAGGUUUACCCCAGCAAACCGCUAACCAAGGAUCAAAGGCUUGUAUAUUCUGGCAAACUCCUCCUUGAUCACUUGCGUUUGAAAGAUAUUCUCAGGAAACAAGAUGAAUGUCACAUGGUUCAUUUAGUAUGUGCCUCCAGGAGCACACCAAAUUCCCCAAAACCAAGCACUAGCAGAGGGAGCACUGCAACCGAAAAUACCAGCAGUAGAUCAAGUUCAGAACACUCAGGAUCAUCUCUCCCAGUAUCUACAACCCAGGAUAUGCCAUCCACAUCAUCAAACCCUAGAACAGAGGAAAACUUGAGACAUCGCCACAAUCCUCAUACAUAUUCAGAUGCCAUGCACAGUCAUUCAUUUCCAUACAACAGACAACCAUCUGUAGGGAAUCUUCCUGCACAAGCAGUACCAGCUGGAUUUCCUGUUUAUUCAGUCUUCACCCCAUUGCAGAUGAUGUGGUGGCAACAAAUAUAUGCACGGCAGUACUACAUGCAGUAUCAAGCAGCUGCUUCCAGCCAAGGGACUUUUGGUAAUGCAGUAGCACAACCACCAGCCACUCCGACCAUAAAUUCUGAUCGACCUCCACCCAACCCUCCAAGAGCAGCUCCAAACAUUGCACCUGAGGUGAAUCAGAAUGUCCAAAUGAAUGCUCAAGGAGGCCCUGUAAUGAAUGAAGAAGAUAUUAACCGUGAUUGGCUUGACUGGAUGUACACAGUAUCCCGAGCAGCUAUACUUCUAAGUAUAGUGUACUUCUAUUCAUCCUUUAGCCGCUUUGUCAUGGUUAUGGGGGCAAUGAUACUUGUGUACAUGCACCAGGCUGGCUGGUUUCCCUUCAGGCAAGAGGAUGGUCAGCUGCAAGCUAGAGAAGAUUUAGGAGAUGUCAAUAAUGAUCAAGUAAAUAACAAUGAUCUUCUAGAGAUGGAACGUCGCAUGGACGAAGGCAUUCAAGAUGAUGGAGCAGAAGAGAGGGGGGAUGAUGUCCCAGCAGUUGCACCCCUUGGACUUGUGGCAUCAGCUUGGUCAUUCAUAACCACAUUCUUCACCUCCCUCAUACCUGAGGGACCCCCUCAAGUUGUUAACUAGAUCUUGUACUAAAUGCCAUCCAGACAUAUAUGCAGGAAAGGGGAAACUGUUUUAAACAAUUUUGCCGUCUCAAAAACUGUAUUUCAGUUUUUUUUUUUUAUCUCAAAGAUGUCUGUUUCUCUGAACCAUUAUGAAUAGCUAUUUGUGGUAUUUUAAGCACAAUCACUUUUUUUUUUAUAUAUAAAUAAUCAUUUUCAUGAAGAGAAAAUAACCACGUCUUCCUUUUUUUUCCAUUUUUAUUAAAUCCCAAAAUUUUUUUCUAAAGUCGGGUUGAUUUUCACUUGAGGCUGGUAUUGCUUUUUAGUUGUUCUUGUUCACACAUCUGUGACACAGCUAAUAUGAAAUGACAUACUUACCUAAAGCAAUCAUGGUGCAGCAAUAUGUAUAAAAUUUCCUUUUUUUUUUUAUGGCAGCUGAGGCUUCUUAAGCCUUUAAAGGGGAACUCUAGUACACGAAUACUUAUUCCCUAUCCACAGAAUCCUGUGAAUCCUGACCUGCCCCCUAGCUCUCUCCAUGCACAGAGUGACCUCCACUCAUGAAGCAGUGGGCGACAUGUCCCUCCAUGUAUCUCUGUGGUAGAGACAGAAAUACAGCGUUUGUGUAUCUUCCCGUGAUCAGACACUUAUCCAGUAUCCACAGGAUUCGGUUGAUAGGGAAAAGUACUUGUAUAAUGGAGUUCCCCUUUAAUAUCUCUGCAUCAUUUCCAGUACAAGCUUUAGUCUGCUCAAACUAGUAAUUCUGCAUACUUGUGUUGUAUUAUUAAAAGUAUUAAAAUUAAAGAGGUUAUCUUAAUCAGAUAACCCCUCAGAUUUUUCUAUUGCAGCAUAUGGACUUCAUAGAGACAGUCCACUCCUUAGUAUCCCCCUUUAUCACCCAGGUUGGAGAGCGCCGUGAUGUAGCCACUCUUAAGGAUUCACAUGACCAUGUAUAACACAGUAGCCCAUUUGUUGCAUGUUCAGAUACAAUUACAGGACCUGUUUUUAUGGUGUUCUGAGUGUUAGGUGGUUUGCAUUUUGAGGAGCAGUUGUUUAGUUGGACAUCCCCUUUAAAGAGUCAGUAGCUCAUAAACUAAGUAAUUAAAAGCAUUAUGUGGACUAAAUACUGCCAUUACUACUAAAAAAAAGUGUUAAUUUAUAGUUACUGGAACCUUCAGCCCAAUACAGUUUACAUGGUUGGUUAAUGUCAAUUUUUUCUUUUAAUAAUUUUCCACCAAUAUUUAUCUAGUCAUGUUUCCAUAACAGCUGGGGUUGAAUGCAGACAGCGUAUUUGCCACUUAUUAUCAAUGCCUUAUAAGUAUAUUAUUGUAUAAUAUUGUAUUAUUAUAUUAAUAUAUUAUAUAAUAUAUAUAUAUAUAUAUAUAUAUAUAUAUAUUUAUAUGUAUUAAUAUAUAAUACUAUUGUAUAUUAAUAAUUUGGCAGGAGUUUUGUUUAAAAUUUAAUCAUUACUGCAGGUUCACAAGAAUUCUUGAACUGUGUCUAUUAUUUAAGCAGAUACUGUAUGUACAUUAAAUGUUAUAUUUCAUGAUCAUGAGGAUUUACCAGACAUGUAAAAUAGUCUGUCACUCCUUUUUAUUUGGUAUAUGCUCAAGAACAAUAUACAUCAGAGUAUAAUGCAAUAUUUUGACUGUUUUAUAGUUAACAAAGAAUAUGUAAUAGCAUCUUAAAAUUCAGUAUUGUGUUUUUUUUCUACAAUUAUCAGUUUCAUAAACUCU